UAUGAACACUCGUUGUCAUUAAUGUCAUCCCCCGGACUAUAGAAUCUUAAUCUGACAGGCGAGACAUUAAUGACAACGAGUGAAGUCAUCAACUACUUUUGCCGCCUAUUUAUCGGAUUAGUUCAAACAAGAGUCGCUAAGAAUUCAAAAGAGUGGGGGCUGUUUUAUUAAUUACUAUUGUAGAUCGUAGACUGAAAAUUUUUCACUCUCACCUCAAAGUCGCAAGUGUCACAAGUACAGAGUAUAAUUUACCAGUAUACCACAUAUUUAAGAAUAAAUAUAUUCAUCAACGGUUGCAAAGUGAAUUGAUAAAUUAUUUGGUGUUCAAUUAUUCUCUCAAGUGAAUUAACUUUCGAUAUUUAUUAAUUAUUUGGUAGUUCUCUAAUACAAAUGGCUUGUUUAAAAAUUCUGAAGCAAGAGAUAAAAACUAUUCAGUCUGUAUUUCCAAAAGAUCAUGAAAGAUUUCAAAUAAUUUCUGCAAGCGUGGACGAACUUAAUUGUAAAUUUGUUGACAAAGACGGAAAAAAGUAUGAAAUUAAUGCUAGUAUUACUGAAACAUAUCCUUCGACUCCACCAAUAUGGUUCGCAGAAUCUGAUGAACCUAGUGUAUUAAAUGCUGUUAAAAUUUUAAGCGACACGUCUGGUGAUGACAAUCGUGUAAUAAGACAAGUAGAAAUUUUAUUGAGAGAAUUGUGUCGCCUAAAUUCUAUACCUGAGCCAGUGGAUCUUGAGAAAUUGAAAAUUGAUCCAAAUUCUUUGUCAUCAGAGCCCAGUACUAGUAAGACUGUAGCAGAAGAAGUAGUAGCCGAUGAAGUUCCAGCUGAAGAUGGAAGUGAUGUAGAUACUGAAGACGAAGCGAGUGAGCAUGAUGAUGAUCUUGAUGAAGAUCUUGAUGAAGAAAGUAAAACUAAAAAAAUGAAGACUGAAGACAUGGAUGCAGAAGGAUUAGCAGCGUGGAAAAAAUUGCAAGAAAAUCGAAGGAAAAAUAUUUCAAAUAAGGCUUCGUUAGCUAACUCACAAGCUACUGAUCGUUUGAUGAAAGAAUUGCGUGACAUUUACCGGAGUGAUAGUUUUAAAAAAAAACUUUACACCGUCGAAUUAGUUAAUGACAGUCUAUACAAGUGGAAUGUCGGAAUAAAGUCAACUGAUCCUGAUUCACCAUUGACCAAAGAUUUAGAACGUCUCAAAGAAAGCGGAGGCGGAGAUCGUAUUCUUCUUGAAAUAUUAUUUGACAGCAUGUAUCCAUUUGUACCGCCGUUUGUCCGAGUAGUUGAACCACUUAUGACUGGCGGUUUUGUGACACCAGGAGGUGCAAUUUGUAUGGAACUAUUAACAAAACAGGGUUGGAGUUCUGCGUAUGCAAUGGAAGCCUUGAUAAUGCAGAUAUUAGCGACUAUGGUCAAAGGUAACGCACGUGUACGUCGAUUUGAUAAUACAAAGCCCCCUAGUAAUAGAAAUAACCCUAAUUUUCGAUAUACUCUUUACGGUGCGGUGAGAUCAUUUGGAGAUGUUGAGAAAAUGCACAGAGAUCGAGGUUGGUAUACACCCCCAAAUGAAGAAGGCUGAUUAAUUAACAUUUGAAAUAUAUCUGUUGGAUAUAUGUAAAAAUAUAUACUGCUUGUGAGACUGUUACUAUUAAAGUAAAAAUUAAUUCAUUAUUUUAUUAUUAAUUUUUCAUAAAAUUGUAAUUUCUUAUAUAAUUUUAUUUUAUUCUUAUGUUUAUUCUAGUGAAUAAUGACGUUUAAUUUAAAUUCAAUUUCUCAAAACUUAAUUUCAGAAAAUUAUAUAUAACUUUUUAAUUUACUCAAUUAUUUUUUUUGUAACUUUUUUGAUG